AUGCCCAACAAAGCUCAAGAGGACGCUGUCAUCAACCUGAAGACACUGCAGGAGAUUUCCAGGCAGGUCGGCUUUGAGUGGACAGUUUUGGCCUAUGAGCUUGGCUUCAACAGAACCGAGAUAGGGAGGUUUCACACCAGCUCUACUGAGAAGAGUGUGCAGGCCAGAGCCAUGUUGGAAAGCUGGUAUGAGAGGUCAUGGGACAAGCCAAAUAAGACCAAGCUGCUGCAAGAUGGACUGGAGAAGGCAGGCAGACGUGAUCUGGCUGAGAAACUGCGCUGCCUCCACUGGGGUCACCAGAAGCUGAGCAAAAGGGUGGAGCUUCCCUCUGCUUUCCCCUUUAUCAUCACAAUCCAUAAGACCAUUCGCAACCAAGAUGCACUGCGCAGAAUCAAUGACCUCAACCGGAGAUUCACUUAA